CUGAUUGACGUAUAGGACUGCAGCCUAGCCUCCAUUGGCCAUGGUACUAGCCCCUGGUGACUUGAAGGGGGACAUUGGAUUUUGUAAUGCCUUUUGACCUUCAGGCUUUUGGAUUUGGUGACCCUUUCUGCUGGGUCAUCUUCCUAAAGCUGGCUGUGGGUCACCGGGUGCCAUGGUGAUGACCGCACAAACCUGCGUGUCAUUGUGAAUCCACUGUCUGCCAGGUGACCACAGAAACAGAAUGUCAGAAGGAGACAGUAUCGGAGAAUCAGUACAUGGCAAGCCCUCGCUGAUAUAUCGCUUCUUCUCGCGGCUAGGGCAGGUUUACCAGUCAUGGCUAGACAAGUCUACACCUUACACAUCAGUGCGAUGGUUGAUGACCCUUGGCCUAAGUGCACUCUACAUGAUAAGGGUUUAUAUACUACAGGGUUGGUAUAUAGUAACGUAUGCCUUGGGUAUCUACCAUCUAAAUCUCUUCAUAGCAUUCUUAUCGCCGAAGGUAGAUCCGUCCUUGCUGGAAGAUUCAGAUGAGGGGCCUUCGUUACCCACAAAACAGAAUGAAGAGUUUCGUCCGUUUAUCCGGAGGCUGCCAGAGUUUAAAUUUUGGCAUUCGGCCACUAAAGGGGUCGUUGUGGCGAUGGUGUGCACUUUCUUCGAAGCAUUCAAUGUCCCCGUAUUCUGGCCAAUCCUGGUCAUGUAUUUCAUCAUGCUUUUCUGCAUAACCAUGAAGAGACAAAUAAAGCACAUGGUGAAGUACAGAUACAUCCCAUUCACACACGGCAAGCGGAAAUACAAAGGAAAGGAGGAAACCGGCAAGCCAUUUUCCAGUUAGAAGAAACUGUCGCCUUCUUUAUGACUUUCUUAUGUAAAAAUUAAAUCAACAAAAAAAAGGAAAAAAAAAACA